AUGAUUAAACCAGUUUAUUUGGAUUGGCAGAAAGCAAUCAUGCUUAACAGAGUUGUUUUCUUUAUUUUGGCCACCUUUUUUAUUAAUGAAGCAUUAUUGCAAGGCACAACAUUUAAAACACCGGAUGUCCUUACUAUAUCUUACUUCAAGGGAGGGUUGGAAAAUUGUGUGCAACAGUUAAAAAAAAUAAAAGAGAUUCCAUGUAACAAUAUUUUUAGGACUAAUCUCAAUAUUUUAAAUUUUGCAGGAAUUGAUAAAAAUGACCCAUGUUCAAAUAUACUAUGUCUUGCGUUAAGAAUAUCAGCAAAUUUGGAUCCACCAGAAACAUUCUUAGAAAUGAAUACCAAUGGCGAAUACUUGAAUAGAUGGACUAAAACGCAAGAGUACAGGACAUAUAUUCAUAUUCCCAGUUUUAGUGUUAGUUGUGAUACAAGCGGCCAUCUUGUCAACUAUAGCCCUCAUAAUCCUGAUUACUUUGAUAAAAGCAACCCAACUAAAAAACUGGAUAAAAUUGUCGACAAUACGCGCAAUCUCUAUGGAUAUACUAAAAUACCCAAUGAUUUUCAGAAUCUUCUGGUGAAAAUUGCGCUUUUUCCAACCUGUAAACCUACUUAUGAACUAUCUGAUAUUUACAUGAUGAACCCAACAAUUAACGGGAUGUCGUGGUCCACAAACAGUCACAAUACUUGUUUACAUAUUGAUAAUAAUAGGUCUAGUCAUUUAUCUCACUAUACACGACAUGUUCAACAAACCUUUUUACAUAUGGACACACCAUUUAUUUAUACUAAUCUUAGUAUAAAUGUUUGUUGCAAUCGUCAGAUUACUGUCAAUGUUUUUCAUACUACAUUUCCUCAGACCAGGCUCUAUAUCAACGGAAUAAAGGUUGGUGAAGAAGAACAAACUGAACUUGGCAAUUUUAUUCGCUCUGGAGACCAAGCAUCUCUUGAAAGUGCAUUGUCUUCAGAUGGAGUUGGAAAACUUGGUCCCCCUGGUAAUAAGAUUAGUUGGCAGUCAUCGUCUCCACCACCGCAACCAUCUGGGAAUUGCAAUAUCUGUAACUGUAAUUUCCUUCUUAAUAAUUGUAUUUGUAGUGAUAGUUUUUCUCAAUAUGUUUCUACAGUUUUUGAGUUUGGUUCUUGCCCGGCAUGCUCGUGUGUAUCGCAAUCUUAUGAUUCUAUGAAUAACUGUGAAGGCCCAUGUUUAUGUUCUGGACCAUGUCCUCACUGA